AUGGCUGAACAAAACCACGAUCCAAUUGUGCUAGUGAUUGAUUUCCACCAUGCACGAGGCCCCGAGAUCGAACACUGCAUCGCCGACGAAGGAUCAGACCCGGCUAUCGAGAAUGACUGGUCAUUGCUACCGUUCAUGGCCCUGUCCGACGGUGCACACCUUUCGACGGAGGAGUUCUCCUACUUCACGCUCCGUCGUAAGGAAACGUCCACAAGUCCGGCUACCUCCCUAUUCGGCAUUUCUUGCUCGCGCCAGCUCGAUGCUAAGCUUUUGAUCAAUCGCCCGGCAGAUGUGACUCGGUCUACGGUGCAGAAGGCUGUUGUGGUGGUUACGGAUAGCCCCCAGCGGGUGGGACAACUACGUGAGAAGCUUUCCGUGGUGACCUCAGCAUGGUUUGCUCAAAAGGACUUUUCUGAUGUCGAUAUAUUGAAGAAAUUUCGCGAGGGUCUGGUCAUUAGUUUGCAGAACGAUGGCCCAAAAGACCAGAAUCUGGGUCUUUCUCUCCGAGAAAUGAUCCACGAAUUCAAGCACCAGACGCUGGUUCUGGUCAAGGGCUUGUUGCUGCAGCCUAAGAUGCUCUUUUUCGGCACUCGCUGUGAACGUUUAUGCAUGAUUCAAUUUUCGUUGAUCUCCUUAAUUCCGGGUCUCAUCAACAGUCUGGAGGACUGUGCGGACCCAGCGUUUGACAAUUUUGCACAGACCGUCGAGAAACCGACUUCGCUCAAGACGAGCGACCGGACAUCCUUAUUGGCAUAUAUGGGUCUUCCAUUGCAGAUCUUUGGCAAGGGAAGCAUGUUUGGUCCCUAUACCCCUCUCCAGCAACUGGAUCUGCUAGCCGAUGAUGGCACAAAGUCGUACGUUGUGGGAUCGACGAAUUCCUUACUCCUGCAACAAAAGGAUCGCUACAGCGACAUUCUAAUCAACCUUGAUGAUGACAGCAUCAACAUCUCAUCGCCAGCCCUGCGCACGGCUUUGACUCUUUCUGUGUCUGACCGGCGCUGGAUCGAUCUCCUUACCCAGAUCGUUAAUGAAACAUGGGAUGAGGAGCACCCGUCACAACCCAAGACACUGGGCUUCAUGGGCUCGGAAGAGUUUAUUCGACUUCAGUUCGAGGAGUACUUGUUGGCACUGCUGUCUUCCAUGAAGUAUCACGAGGAACUCACUUCCUUCAACUCCGGCGAUUCGCCUCACCGGAGCAGGGCGCAGUUGCAGAACUUCAAUAUCGAGGGUGAUCCUGCGCUUGACUUCAACCCUGAAUUUCUCACACAAUGGCAGAAGACGUCGAACUACGCUCUUUUCUCAAAACUCACGUCGGAUGCGCUCCUUUUCUCCAUUACUGAGCCGAAGCACCCAAGUGCUGGUGGCUUGACGAUGGACGACAUCCAGCGACGAGUGUCUCAGCAAGUCGCAGACCUUCACCUUGACGAGCGAGUGCGUGAGGGCCGAGAGGCACUCAACCGCCAUCUCAGCACCGGUCAAAAGAAAUUCAGCGCCGCAUUUAAUAGUUUCUGGUCCGAUAUUGAGUCUAUGCGCGAAGCCCAGCGCAAGCGCAACGAGGAAAAGGCCUCGGCCUCCCAGCGUACUUCUAUGGACCAGACCCCUGCCUCCCCACCAGCGGCCUCCCCAGACCCUUCCACUGAUGCCUCCGGUGCUUGGUUCGGACCUCGUCAAAAACCCUCUAUCGACGUAGGCCAAGCACAAGCCUCGGUCAGCGCAGCCAGCCAAAAGGCCGGCGCAUACUUCAGCUCAUGGGGAUCGUGGGCCAGCGAGAAGCGCCGCGAAUGGCAAGACAAGCGCAGCUCCUCUCCCAGCCCAAACCCAGGCUUGACCGCUUCUCCAUCCACACCAGCCCUGUCAGUAGUCACCGAGACUGUAGAGUCUGACCGUGGCCGCCGCCGUUCCAUGCAACGGCGCAGCGAAGACGCAGAGGGUCUGUCGCGCAGCCUCAGCCGCCGAAAGAGAUGGAGCAAUAUCAUUCUUCGCCGCGACAGUGGCGAGUUUAGUCUCCCCAGCAACGGCUCAGAGGCUUCUGAUGCUCCCUACCCAAAGUCUCCUCUGUCUCAUGGCUUCCCAGCAUACGGAACGGAAGCGCAGAAGAACACAGACCCCACAUCGCAACCCGAGAAGUCAUCUGAGACUGCUCCUGAUACCGAUGGGUUCAGCGCGGUGCCGCUCUCAUCGGAGGAGGGUCUCCGAGUAGACCUCAACCCGGAAGAGAGCGCGUUCCAGGCCGCGCACGCCCACACUGCUGAAACGCACUCGGUGGAGGCUCCCAAGGAAACCAAUGAGCCCAAGGAAGCCAAGGAAACCAGUGCAUAG